AUGCUGCCUAAUGCUUGUAAUCCGCAAAGAAUUGGCUUCCAGACUCGCCGAAUGGCGCUGCGACUUCUGAUUCUCGCGGUGGCCGCCGUCGACGCCUACACGGUCCUUCAUCUGGCCGAUUUCCAUCUGGACGUCGAUUAUUCCACUAAAGGAGAUGCUUCCAAGAUGUGUCACGUGGGAAAUCAGACGGCGAAAGCGACGCUCGGAUCGUUCGGCGACUACAUGUGCGAUUCUCCAAAGGUUUCAAAGGAAAACAAAAUUUAUUCUAGCGCUUGAAAUAGGGUUUUUAAAGAAAGUUGGAAAUAAAAUAAAUUACCUCCUUCGUACUUCCCUUCUUUUAUUUCUUGCAGGACCGUACUUUCGAUAACUCACUUUGAGAAUAGAGCUAACUCUGAAAUUUUGAAACUCCAAGGGACGAAUUUUUUAGCCUCUGGUUCAACACGCGAUCGACGAAGCCAAGAGACUUUUUCCGGAUCCAGACCUGCUCCUUUGGACCGGCGACAACACUCCUCACGUCGAUGGUUACGAUUGGAAUUGUGAAUCUUUUAACUUUUUUUAGGAUUUAUUUUUUGCAUUUUGGCAUUUACAAUAUCUAUGCGCAACGUUCGCCAAGCGUUCUGUCGCCAAUUUCGAAAUUUGCGAAUUUUUAGGAUUUUCCCAGACUUCUUGUUCCCUACGGGAACUUGCCGUUUUAAACCGAGUAAAAAUUAUAAACGCCUAGAGGGGCAAACUACCACCAUAUCUCACCCUAUAUGGAGCCCUAUAGUUUUUUGAAGUACCCGAGGAUCACUUGAGCUUUAUGAACUUAGCGGUCAGACCCUAAACCCCUCUAGGGACCACUUAAACCUCAGCCCUUAAGGGAGCCCUAUUUUGUCCCCUCCAGGGACUGUUCUUUCUUCUAACCUCUCUAGGGGUCCCUAGGGCAUUUCUUAGAAUGGAGAUUAAAAAGGAAUAAACACGGAUUCCCGCUUCAGAUGUGAUGAACGCGAUGAACACGACGACCACUCUGUUGUUCUCCAAGUUCCCGAAAACUCAAAUCUUGCCGACUUUCGGAAAUCACGACUACGCCCCGGCGAACGCCUUCGAUCUGUCUUCCACUUUGUAUUCGAGGACUUGGGACCUUUGGUCCAAGCAGUUGGGCGAUCAGAACAAGGUAGAGGGAGAUAAUCAUACUGAAAUAAAAAAAAGAAAUUUUCUUGAAAUUUUUUAACUAGAAGACUUCGUAUCUUUAAAAAUUCAGUUUACCCUGGUUUUUAAAAAAAAAAAAUCUUUCUUCCUGGCUAUUUAUACGUUUUGCACGUUAAAAAAUGCAAAGCGGAAAAUUCCAUAGCCAUUCCAAAUGCGGUCUUUCAAACUUGUUCAAAGUUAUCUCUGACCCUCAAAAAUUUAGUUAUCUUUUCAACUCUCUGAUUUUGAGUUUUCUUCGAACAACAGAAUCUUCGGAAUAGAAUUCGAAAAAAAAGGUCCUUUUUGAAGGCAACUUUCCUCAGCGGCGGCUAUUACAAGCUCCGGUUGAAAAACGCCACUGCCGUCGUUCUCAACACGAAUUUGUACUACAAGUAGGCCGACGGAAUGCAUUUUCAAUGAUAAAAAAUGACAAUAUCAGCGCGAACAAGGCCUACGGUAACUUUACGGACAAAACUGACCCGGCCGGACAGUUCGCCUUCAUGGAGGCCGAGUUACAAGCCGCAGAGCAGUGUCCCAACAGAGUCACUGAUAAUUGUACUUCCCAAGUUCAUAUCAUUGCUCAUAUCGGUCCUGGAGGUUAGUUUUGAGUAGGAAAAAAGCCAUGAAUACUUGAAAACAGAAAGAUAUACAAGAAUAGUUGAAAGCAAAAAUUUCACACAAGCAAAGUCCAAACGGUUUCAAAAACACGUUUCUUUUGUAGUCACUAAAAAUGACGAUCACAUCUUUAAUAUAGUCUAUUCACCGCGGGCUUGAAACUUUCUGCCUGUCUGCGAUUUAUACAAAAAGAAGAGUCUCAAACUCCUUUUUGAGUUUCUAAAGCGUGUCAAAAGGUUCUCUUCUUCUUCAUCUUUUUUUCGCCUUAUUUUUUUACACCUCCUUAAAAGGUCCUUUUCAGAAAAAGGUCUAAAACAUGGCGCGUUUGAGGCCUUUAAAAGUCCCUUUUUGAGUUCCAUAAAAGGUGUCAAAAGUUUUUCUGAAUCCCCCUCUCAUGCUGAUGAAGGUGGCCCAGCCUUGCUAACACGGGCUCUCAGCGGGUGUGCCCGUUUCAAACCCGAAGAAAGCCCAGCUGGUAAAAAUUAAGGCUUUUUCACCACAGCACCGUUUUAGCACAGUUUGGUAACAGAUUUUUGAAAUGAACCAGCUGGGUCACCUGCCUCUUCUUGCGCCCGUUUUUGUCCCGCUUUAGCCCAACUGAAACUCGAAUAGCCUUAAAAACACGGGUACACCCGCUGAGACGCGGCAGAGUUCUUUUUCCCGCCUCCUUUUUUUCUUCCUAAAAAAACCCUUUUCAAUGAGAGAUAAAAAAAUUAAAUUUUUUUUGUUUCCAGUUUCAGGCGCAUCAUUGAAUAAAAAGAUAUAUCAAGUAACUUUAAUGGUCGUAGAUGAAGUGAAAAAAAAAACUUCUUCGAAAAUUUUUGAAAAGACGUUGAAACAGGAGCUCAAGCUUCAAUAUGAAAGUUUUGAAUAAACGAAAAAAAAAUUGAAAACUUUCCCUGUAACACACGCAAAGUCCAAACGACCCCGAAAAGACUAAAAAGAAGGAUCGGAAGCUCCUUUUUGAGUUCCUAAAGAGUUGUCAAAAGUUUCUCGGAAUCUCCUUUUUUCAGCCUGUUUUACGCCUUAUUUUUUUACACCUCCUUUCAAGGAGCUUUUAAAAAAGGUCUAGAAAAAAGCCUUUGAGGCCUUUAUUCCAAAAUUCCUUUUCGAGACCUUUUGGAUAUCGCGAAAGAAGUUUUUCAGUGUUUGAAAGAUCUCCCAAUUUCACUUGGUUCCGACCGGAGUACAACGAGAAAUUCCUCAAUUUGACGACAAGAUACGCUAAUAGCAUCGGUUGGAUGAUUUUUGGGCAUCAUCACACGGAUACCUUCCAUUUGAUCAAGGUAGGAAGAUAAUUGGGAGUCUGUGACGAGAAAAAAUGCGAAUAAUAGAGCGGAAAACUCGAUGACCGGCCGCACCUUGGACUUGCUCGAUUUCUAGUGGUCCCUUUAGCGGCGUCAGCACUCUUGAGUUAUUUUUUGCAAUUCAAGAAACGUUUGGGGCGCGUCCGGUUUGCGGGUCAGUUCCGAGAUUGUCAAUCUAUUCAAAAAAAAAUUCAUUUUUUGGCGGUUUUUCAAAAAAUAACCCAUUUUACUCAGCUAUUCUUCAUAUAUCCUAUUUUUCCAAACUCAAUGGACCUCAGGAUCAACUAGGAAACGUCGUCCAGCUCGCCCUGAUGGCUCCUUCGGUCACCCCCUGGUUUUCGGAUCUUCCCGGCGCUGGAGCCAACAAUCCGUCCUUUAGAACUUAUGAAACCGAUGAUUACGGAAAAAUUUCCGAUAUCAAGUUGGUUUCAGGUUUUUUUUCGGGGUGUUAACAUUUUGGAGGUUUUCGAAAACUUGUUCUGGAUCUUUUUCCGGGUGAUUGUAGUCAUCAAGCAGAUUUUUACUGUGAGAAUCCUGGAGAAAAAAAAUUUUCAAAAAAACUAGUUUAAAAAAAUUGACUCGCUUUCUUUCUUUUUACCGUUCAUAUUAUUGUCUUCAACGGUUUUUACAGCACCUAUUACAUCAAUCUGGAUGAUUUGAACAAAAAUGCGUCGACUCCAUUCGUCUUCGAAUACUCUUUCAAGCAAGCCUAUGGCAUUUUCGGGUUGGAAUCAAUCGAUAAUUCUGAAAAAACUUCAGUUUCCAGUGACGUAACCCCGAGAAAAAUGUCGGACGUUCUGGAGAACAUGAAGAAAAAUGAUUCGCUGUUUCAAACUUACAUCAACUACAACUCGGUUCUGUGGAAGCCGGCGAUGCCUCAGGGCAUUUACAGGUGUCUUUCUUGAUUUUCGGUUGGAUUUUUCAAAACCUUGCUGCAAAAAAGGUUUUUUUUUCAUUAAAGAUUUGUGAUUUUAACGUUUUUUUUUACACUGCCAUGAAUGAAAAUAACCGUUUUGGCGCGCUAAUUUGAAAUUUGAGUAAGAAUAAACGAUUCAAAAUGAGGUCAAAACUAUAACCGAAAAUUAGGCCCAUUUUAAACAUUCGAAUUCUGUAUCGAAUGGUAGUACAUAGAGAUCUUAGGAAUAUUAAAUUUGAAAAAUAUUGUGCGAUUAAAGAACCAGAUCGAACUUCCAGUAGAAAAAAAAAAAUUGAAAAAAAAUGUUAACUUGGAGUUUUUUAUAAAUGAUAGGAAUCCAAUUUUUUUUCUGAUCCAGUUCCUCUAAAUUUUGGUUAUAUCCUCCUAUUAUUUUGAAGAUCAUUUGGACGGUUUUAUUCCUCCAGAUCCUAAGUUCUGAGUUGCAAAAUAAUUUGUCGCAAGUCAGUCGAUUUUUCGCUUCUAAUCCUUUCUAAUCCUCAGAGGAGCCCAACUCUGUUCGAUGGAAUGGAGUGACUAUCCAAGAUACGACGACUGCAUGAAGCUGUACAGCCACGCCGCCCAGAAAUUCACUAUCCCAAUCUUUUCCCUUCUUUUCUACGUCCUCAACCAAUUAUAA